AAAAUCAGGUUCCCAAUUCUGGAUAGAACUCUAUCAUCUGGGCAUGCCAUCCAUACAAAAAAACCUCCCCCAGAUCUUAUCUCUGUAAUUUCACACCUUUACUAAAUUCUUUCCCUGCCGCGCAACCAAUGGAACAAACCUUCUCUGUAACUCCGCUUUCUUACAUAUGCCCUUAUUUUAUUCCCAGCUCGCUCGAAGGGCAGAAUGGAGAGGAGCCCAUUUUCUCUUCAGAUUUCCAGCAAAAUGAUGAUCUCGUUGCCUCACUUUUAGCUAAAAAAAUCCAUCAGCAAGGGGUGAAGAAUGGAGGAGAAGAGGGUUUCAGAUCUGUUAGCAGCACAUUUGCGAAAUGGAAUGGAAGCUCUUCUCUGCCUUGUCUGCAACCCCAGAAAUCCCAGCAGGCCUUACACAAAAGGUGUAUACGUUUCUUGAAAUGCAUAAACGAUCACAGAAUGAGUCCAUUCGAUGAGAGGCAUGGUGGAAGAGUAGGUACUGUUAAUAAGCAUGAUGAUUAUGACAAGCUUGCCAUCCACCAUGUGGUUGCAGAACGUAAGAGAAGAGAAGAGAUGAGUCAGAUGUUUUCUGCUCUGCGUGAAUUGCUACCGGUAAAUCCAAAGGGCAAAGCUCCAGUGCUGUUGCAGACAAUUGAUUACGUGGCUCAUCUGAAGCAGCGAGUAGAACAACUGGAGCGCCGCAAUGGAGAACUGGAAGCAUUACUCCAUCAAAGAUCACAUCUUUAUUAAGAUAAUACCCCACCUCCUGUAUUUUAUGUUACCAUGUCUAGAUUUUUCUAAUUCUCAACGUAAUUGAUUCAAAUGUAGUAUUUUCAAUAGGAAAAGAAUUGCUAUAUGAUGUCUAAAUCUACUCUUACCUAGAACCCUGGUAAUUAUAUAUGCAUUAUGUAAUGUAGACGCACAGUGAGCUCAUCAGAUAAACAUAUUGAAUGGCAAUGGAAACAUCCUAAUGCUGCUACUAUAUUGGAUAGUAUGUACGAAGCUUCAACACAGCUCGAAUCAUGUCUACAAAAAUAAUGUUUAUUGGACUAUCAGAAGAUAAAUUUCAUAUUUACUUUUAAAAAGUCAACAAUGUAUGUGUAUUAUUCUACUUGUUGAAUCAUUUCCUUAGAAUUAUGUUGCAAACUUGAUAGGCUUUUAGGGGAUUUAUAAGCACCAAUUCAAACUGGAACAAAAAUAUUUCGUUGAGAUGUUUGGGACGUUUGUUACCUGCUAAGAAUGUGUAGUGGACUAGGUCUUAAUGAUAUCAAUAGACAAGGUGUUGCUUUAUAGAUCAAGUGAAUUGUCAGAAUUUGUGCUGGAAAUGAAGACAUGAAAUUCUUAUUGUGAAAUUGUUUUGUUUCUAGUUUACAAUUAUAGCCAACCAAUUUAGUAUGAUUUGUGUUUCCAUUCUUUUUUAAUUUCUCUUAAAUGAUGCUUUUAUGUCCAAAAGCAUUUAGAGGGAAUGUGAAACUAUUAAAUUUUGGCAUUGUUAUAGAUUUUACAAGCAACCAUUUUUUUGGUGGUCUUCCAACAUUUGUUUCAGGAUAAGGCAUUGGUGGGGACUACUCGAAUUCACUAUGUUAAUUUCUUUACAUUGAGAAUUUGACAUCUACAACAUCUUUACUCUAAGAUUGAUUCUCCUUGACCAUUUACCCUCAAUGAUUUAAGCUAUAUUUAAUUUGAUUUGUGUUGAGCAAUAAACUUUCCAAAUAACAAUCAAGGUUCUACCUUCUUAGUAUCUACAUAAAUGUAUGUGUGCUCUAUUAGGCUUUGGUGGAAGCACCAAAAUGGUAGGUUGAUACUCUUUCUUUUAAUUACACUCCUAAGAAAGGAUAUAGCUUGCUUUCACCUCAUCUUCUCAUCCAGUUCAACAAUUAAAUACUAGGUGGUCUCUUUAGUAUCCAAAUUUUAUUUAGGCUAGAGCCAUUUUUAAAUAGUGUGGGUGAUUGUGAAGCUGAAAGCUACCUCAUUUUGGAUGGUGUUUUAUUUACACCCACUUUCUAUUUCAAUUUGUUUGAUAUAUUUUGGCAUAUUUAAUCCAAGAUGUCUUUUCUAUGGCCAAUUAGAAACCCUUCUACAACUUUUUUGUUUUGUGAUGGCAUUUAAAAAUGCCUAGUAAUGAAUACGUGAUUGUCAAUUGUCUUUCUAUCAUGAACCAUUUAUUUGACACAAUGUUCUUUUCAGUGAUGAGGCAAAUUUUGUUCAUAGAGUUCUCUUAUCCAUGACACAUAAGUUCAAAUUGAAAACUGUUUUCCAAGAAUCUAGAAAGAUAGAAAUUACAUUUCUUUCUCACUUGUUGUGGAUACUGAUUUUUUUAUUCAUUUCAAAUCACCGUUCUAAUGUGUUGGUGUAGAAUCUAGUUUAGGAUUGUAAUAUGGCACUAAGUGUCAAGAAUCUACUUAAUAUUUUGGGGUGAGUACCCUUUAUUUAGUGGCUAUGAUUCCACCUUAUCCACCAUACCAUGCUAGAUCACCCACCAAGACUCAAAACAAAGCUCAUGUGAGUCCUCUUGUCACUACCAUAGUAGUUAUCAAAUAACAUCCACUCCUAGAUCACCUAAGUGGUAUUUUGGCUUGACCCCAUCACCACCUUUAUCUUUUGAACAAAAAAGGGAAUGAUCAUUACCUCUGUAUCACUCUCUUAUCUCCUCUAAAUGAAAUGGGUGGGCCCCACUAUAUCAAGGGAAAUUCCCUUAAUCAUCUCUUUCUAUAUCUCUACUAAAGACUAUAUAGAACCAAUCAUGGGAUAAUCCUAAAGAAAGAGAAAAUAUCAUCCUUAUUAGUUGGGAAACCAAGGAUUAUGUCAAACAUGUGCCAUACAGAUGGUGGGAUACCUCUCCUAAGCAAGAAUCAUGUUCCUCAUAUACCUCUCCUUCUCCACACAUUACUCCCAAUGCCAGAAUUGCCCUUGUUUCUUUAUUACAAUAUUUUCUUAUAUAUUUAUGUUGAAUUGGUGAUUUGAUGAUUGUUUCCCUAAGAGAAUCAUGUUUUUAUUGUUUUAUCGUGUUAUUUCUAUUUUAGAAACAAUUUAUUUCUAUAUUAUUUUUCAAAUUUAGAAAUUUAGUUUACUACCACUUAUAUUUUAUUAAAAAUAUAAUUUUAUUAUCUAACCUUAAAAAAAAGUCAAUCUAUUGUUGAUUAUAUUUUACUAUUGAAUAAGGAUUACAAUUAUUUAUUAGGACAUCCAUACAAACUUCUCAAUUUUAAAACAUAACAAACUAAAAUGAUAUGUGCACAAACCAAUAUUAGACAAUUCCACCCAUAUUAUUGUGUGGGAAAACUAGUAAAAAACAAACCAAUACUAGAUAGAUAGAUAGGUAGAUAGAUAGAUAUAUAGAUAGAUAGAUAGACCAAGCUUUGAUAAUUCUACCCAUAUUAGUACAAGUAAUAAAACUAGAGGGAAGUGAAGAUGAUACACACAUUAUGUGUGUAUAUAUAAGGCUAAUUGUCUACUUAGUAAACUAAAUAUUGAGCAAUUCACCUUCAAUGGAGUUGGGAUCAACAUUUAUUUUCACUUAGAUGAUUUUAAAGUUCAUCUAAAAAUGAUGAUGAGAGGAUAACUAUUUGAAUUUAUGAUGACAACGAUAUCUAUAAAUAAACAUUUAAAUUUUUGAGGUUGGUGCUUUAAUAUUUAUGACUAUCUAGAGAUAUUAACUAGAAAUCAAACUUUGGUAUGCAAUGGGCACGUGUCAAAUAGGUGUGAAGCUUAGUUAACAUUUUUUUAAUUUUUUGCUUACAUUCAUGCAAUACUUGAGGCCAAUUGAAAGGCUAUUAAGUAUAGAUGUAAUUAAGAUAUUUCUAAACAAGUGAUAAUUUUAGAUUGGUUGUGCAUCCACUUACAUUAUAUUUAUAUAUUAGUUAAUUUUAAAAAUUUAAUCUUUUAAAUGCAACAUCCUUAAAAUGCACAAAAAAUCAAAUAAAGAGUUAAGUCUCACUUUACCUCUAUUUCUCUCUCUUUUCCUCUUUUAUCUCUCUUGCUAUCCUACUCUCUUCUCUCUCUCAUAUAUAAUUAGAUAUAAAGAAUGACUAAGUUUAUGUGCCAGGCCACUUGUUAUAAUUUGUAUACUAUUUGAUGAGCGAUUACUCACAAAAUUUUCACGCUAAAUACAUACAUUCUUUAUAGAUGCUUCUUAAUAUAAAUUAAUACAUAGGGAAUCAUUCCAAUUAAUGGACUUGGAAGAAACCUUAACUGAAUUGUAUCAUCAUGUUAUCCUUUCUUUUACCUUGAACUUUUCCAAAUGAAACUAGCACUUAUUUCUUCAUUUGCAAUUUGUAGCAGGAAACACCGAGGCAUAAGAUUGUAUGAGGCGGAGCAGUGAAAUCGCUCAUAUGUUUGAACAACAGAGGUUUAUAGAAAGUAAUAGAGUUGUCAGGUGUAUAACCAUCUGUAACUAUCAAUGUAAUAACAUUUACGCUGACAAAAACUCCUUAGUGUUUGUUUAUUUACCAUAUCAACGUGAUGGCUAUUUUGCCUUGGAUUUCGAUAUCUAGAUGAAUUUAUUCGCUUCACAGUGGAGAUCAUUCGUCUAUUGUCACGUCACAAGACAACUUUCAUAUUUAUAUGAAAAACAAACAGCUGGGAUUGUGUAUUAUUCUUGUUCAAUUAUUUCCCUAGUCUUGAUAAGCUUUUAGGGGAUUUAUAAGGGUCACUUCAAACUGGAGUAGAAAUUUAUUUUGAGAUGUUUGGAACAUUUGUUGCCUAUUAAAAACAGUUUGAGUUGGCUAGGUGUUAUUGAU